AUGGCGAAAUCCGCCCUCCUUUUCGCCCUCGUUCUUCGCCUCCUCACCUCCGCCCUCUCCAUUUCGAUCGGCGUCAACUACGGCGCCGUCGCCGACAACCUCCCCCCGCCGCCCCAGGUGGCCGCCUUCCUCAAGGCCAACACCUUCAUCGACCGUGUCAAGCUCUUCGACUCCAACCCGGACUUCAUCCGCGCCUUCGCCGGCACCGGCAUCUCCCUCAUGAUCACCGUCCCCAACGGGGACGUCCCCUCCCUCGCGAACGUCCCCGCCGCCCGCGCUUGGAUCGCCAACAACGUGGCCCCCUUCCACCCGGCCACCAACAUCUCCCUCCUCGCCGUCGGCAACGAGGUCAUGGCCACCGCCGACCGCAACCUCAUCGCCCGCCUCGUCCCCGCCAUGCGUUCCCUCUCCACCGCCCUGGCGGAGGCCGGCUUCCCCGAGAUCCGCGUCUCCACCCCGCACUCUCUCGGCAUCCUCUCCGCCUCCGAGCCCCCGUCCUCCGGCCGCUUCCGCCGGGGCUACGACCGCAUCAUCUUCGCCCCCAUGCUCGAUUUCCACCGCCGGGCCAAGACCCCCUUCGUCGUGAACCCCUACCCCUACUUCGGAUUCACGGAGAAAACCCUCGACUACGCGCUGUUCAAGCCCAACGCGGGGGUAUUCGACCCGGUCACCGGCGCGAACUACACCAACAUGUUCGACGCCCAGCUGGACGCGGUGCACUCGGCGAUGAAGCGGCUGGGGUACGGGGACGUGGAGGUCGCGGUGGGGGAGACGGGCUGGCCGUCGGUGGGGGACCCAGACCAGCCGGCGGUUAGCUUGGAGAACGCCGUUUCGUACAACGGGAACUUGAUCCGGAAGGUGAACUCCGGGAAGGGGACGCCGCUGAUGCCGAAUCGGACUUUCGAGACGUACAUAUUCGCGCUCUUCAACGAGGACCUGAAGCCGGGGCCCACCGCGGAGCGCAACUUCGGCUUGUUCAAACCGGACCUGACCCAGGUCUACGACGUCGGGCUCAUGCGAGGAGGCCAGUUCGCCGGUGGUGGUCCGGCGGCGGCACCGUCGUCAUCGGGUCCACACGGGAAGUGGUGCGUGGCGAAGGCGGACGCGAGCGCGGAGGCGCUGCAGGCGAACAUCGACUACUCGUGCGGGAGCGGCUUGGUGGACUGCGGACCCAUCCAGGCGGGAGGGGCCUGCUACCUCCCGGACACUCUGGCGGCCCACGCCUCCUUCGCCAUGAACGCCUACUACCAGGCCGCCGGCCGCCACGACUUCAACUGCGACUUCGCCCACACCGGCGUCCUCACUAGCGAUGACCCAAGUUACGAGAAUUGCGCAUAUAGCUCAUAAGGGACAGGCAAAUAAUUGCCUUCUUGGGCGGGCCUCUGGAGAUGUCAUCAUCAAUCAUCCCGGCGUUUAUUUAUUUAUGUCUAUGGAGUACCGAUUACUUGCUAGUCUCUGUUUCUCCUUCUAAAACGACUAUGUUCAGUUCAAUUUUGCCUGGCCUGGCAACUUUUAAAA